AUGAGCGAUUCUAAUACUAUUAUCGGUAUUAAUUUUGGUACCGCCUACACCUCUAUUGCCUACCUUAACAAGGAAGGUCGUGCCGAUUGUCUUGCUAAUGAAGAAGGUGACAGACAAAUUGCUUCUGCCCUUGCUUUCCACGGCGAUGAAGAAGUCGUUGGUUCUCAAGCCAAAUCAGAUAUUCCCCGUCAUCCCGAUACGACUGUUGCCAACUUCCGUGCCAACCUUGGCAAGAGCUUUGCUGAAGCUGAAAAUUUGACAGGAUCAGCUGCUCCUGUUGUUGAUAAGAACGGCUUACCUGCCUACGAAAUCACUUUGCCCUCCGGAAAGACCAUUUUCACUGCUCAAGAAAUCUCUACUAAGUUCUUACGCCACAUUCGUGAAUCUGCUGAGGCCUUCUUAGGUACCUCUAUUGGUGGUGCUGUCUUGGCUGUUCCCUCUUACUUUACCGAAAAGCAACGUGAAGAACUAGUCGCUGCUGCUGAAGGAGCUGGUAUCAAGGUGAAGCAACUUGUCCACGAGUCUGCUGCUGCUGCCCUUGCCUAUGGUAUUGGUCAAGAAUCUAGCAGCAGUAACCCUCAAGAUAAGACUGUUGUUGUCUGUGACUUGGGUGGUCAUUCCUUUGAUGUUACCGUCUUGGCUGUUCGUUCCGGUAUGUAUACCAUCUUGGCUACUGCUCAUGACACCAAGGUUGGUGGCGCUUCUUUUGAUGAUAAUUUGAUCAAGCAUUUCACAUCCGAAUUCCAAAAGAAGACCAAGAUCGAUAUCUCUUCAAACAAGAAAGCACUUGCCAAGCUUCGCAAUGCAGUUGAAGUCACCAAGAAGAUGUUGUCCAGCGGUAACUCUGCACCCUGCUUUGUCGAAUCUUUGGCUGAUGGUGUCGAUUUCCACAGCACUAUCAACCGUAUGCGUUUCGAGCUUUUAUCCAAGAACGUCUUUGCUCAACUUCAAACCGUCAUUAACCAAGUUUUGGAAAAGAGUCAAUUGGAUGCAUCUGAAAUUGAUGAAGUCCUCCUUGCCGGUGGUUCUGCUCGUAUUCCCAAGUUCGCCUUGAAGAUUCGUGAAGUGUUUAACAGUGAACAUACUAAGGUCUUGAACGAAUUAGAAGCUGAUGAAGUCGUUGCCCGUGGAUGUGCUAUUCAAGGAUCCUUAAUUACCGGCUUUGAAAAAGAAGAUGUUGAUGCUGCCACUCAUCCUGUUGUCACCUUAGUUCCCCAUACAAACAAGGCUAUUGGUAUUCUUAAUGCCAAUAAUGAGUUUGUCACCAUCAUCCCUCGUGGUACCGCACUUCCUACUCGCCGCGUCUUUGAAUUUUCUAAUGCUCAGGACAACCAAAGCCAUGCAUACGUUUCCUUAUAUGAAGGAGAUCACAUUGUCGAAAAGACUGAAGUACAACCUGAACCUGUGCCUGUGGAAGAUGACGAAGAACCUUAUCAAGAAGAACCUGAGAUUCAUACCAAGGUCUACAAUAAGCCUGCUGCUCACUUGAUCGAAGCCUGUCUUGCUCUCGAAAAGGGAGCCAAGGCCAAGGGAAGCAAAAUUGAAGUUCAAAUCACGGUCGAUGCUCAAUCUAAUGUCAGCUUAGUCUUACGUGAAAAGAAUGGUAAAAAUGUUGUAAAGGCUGAAUCAAAGAAAUAA